AGGCUGUGAGUUCAGAUUAACGCUGUGUGUGUAAGUUGUGUGUGUUUGAGUGUAUGUGUUUUAGUGUGUGUGAAUGUAUGUAAGUGUGUGUGUUUAAGUGUGUGUGUGUGUGUGUGUGUGAGUGAGACAGUGAGGAUGGGGCUACCGGCCCUGGAGUUCAGCGACUCUGUGCUGGACGGUCCUGCGUUCAGAGACGCUCUGAGGAAACACGAGCUGGAGCUGGAGAGAACCAACAGCUUCAUCAGGGAACUGAUCAGGGACGGGAGCGCACUCAUAGGGGCACUGAGGAAUCUGUCUGAAUCUGUGUUGAAGUUUUCCCAGUCUCUGAGAGAGUUUCAGUUCGAGUGUAUCGGCGACGCUGAGACAGACGACGAGAUAAACAUCGCUCAGUCUUUUAAAGAAUUCUCUCAGCUGCUGAACACCAUGGAGGAGGAGAGACGCCGCCUUAUCCAGAACGCUGACGAUGUGCUCAUCACGCCUCUGGAGAAGUUCCGUACAGAGCAGAUCGGAGCGGCCAAAGAAGGAAAGAAGAAGUUUAUUAAAGAAAGUGAGAAGUACUACUCAUCCCUGGAGAAACACCUCAACCUGUCUUCAAAGAAAAGGGAGUCGAUGCUCCAGGAGGCUGAUGCUCAGAUCAAUAAAGAGAAACUAACGUACUACGACGCCUCACUCGAAUAUGUCUUCACAAUCCAGGAAGUGCAGGAGAAAAAGAAGUUUGAGUUUGUUGAGCCGCUCCUGUCCUUCCUACAGGGUUUAUUCACUUUCUACCAUGAGGGAUAUGAACUGGCUCAGGAGUUCGAACCUUAUAAACAGCAGCUCCAGUUCAACCUGCAGAACACACGGAACAACUUCCUGAGCACUAAGCAGGAGGUGGAGAAACUGAUGAACAGAGUGAGAUCUGCGGAUCAGGACCAGAAACCACCAGGACAGUGGACCAUGGAGGGCUACCUGUACAUCCAGGAAAAACGACCUUUGGGCUGCGCCUGGACUCGACACUACUGCACCUACGAUAAAGCCACUCGCACCCUCACCGUCACCAGCACUGAGACCAAGACCAGCAACAAACAGAAUGAGGUGCUGGUGUUAAACCCACCUGAAGUGUUCCACCUGAGGACGUGCAUCAGGAGAAAAACAGACUCCAUCGACAAGCGCUUCUGUUUCGACGUUGCUGUGGUAGAGAGAAACACUGCGUGUCAACGCUCUCUAUUCAGACCCCUGCAGUUUUUCUGUAAAGUUCGGCAAGGUAUCAUCACCCUGCAGGCUCUGUCUGAAUCUAACCGGAGGAUGUGGCUGGAAGCUAUGGAUGGCAAAGAGCCAAUCUACAACCUGCCUGCAGUCCUGAACAAGAAAGAUGAGACUCAACUGAACGAAGUCGGAUUUCACUUUGUGAGGCAGUGUGUGAGCGCGGUGGAGAGCAGAGGUGUACAGACGCUGGGUGUGUACCGUGUAGGAGGAGUCAACUCUAAAGUGCAGAAGCUGAUAAACUCCGUCUUCUCACCUAAAGCUCCACCAGAUGUGGACCUGGACCCUGAAAUCUGGGAUAAUAAAACCAUCACCAGCGCGCUGAAGAAUUACCUCAGGUGUCUCAGUGAGCCGCUCCUGACCUACAGACUGCAUGAGGAUUUCAUCACAGCAGUCAAGUCAGAUGAUCAGAACUACAGAGUGUGUGCUGUUCAUGCGCUGGUCCAUAAACUGCCCGAGAAAAACAAGCAAAUGCUGCAGAUUUUAAUAAAACACCUUCAAACUGUCUCCACUCACAGUAAGACCAACAUGAUGACGGUGUCGAACCUGGGCGUGAUCUUCGGCCCCACGCUGAUGCGCUCUCAGGAGGACACGGUGGCUGCCAUGAUGAACAUCAAGUUCCAGAACGUGGUGGUGGAGAUCCUGAUCGAGAACUUCCAGAAGAUCUUUCUCCAGACUCCAGACCCCAAUGUUCCCUUGGCGCAGCCUUACACUUAUCCAGAGUCACGCAGGACCCGAGCCAUCUGUCUCUCCACAGGAGCGCGCAAACCCAAACCUCCGUACACACACUCGCUGAGUGUUGCUGAGGCAGAGAGUGACAGGUUCAGCAGUAGUUCCUGCAGUACAGUGAUGGACAGCAUGGAGUCGCUCUCGUCUCACUCCUCAGAGCAGAACUCGUCCAGACUCGGUCCCUGCUCCCUGCAGAAGGGGGCACCGUCGCUCCCGUCGUGGUCCCGGUGGUCCGACAGGCCCCGGGCCCGGGACUCGGGCUCCAGAGAGGACGCGGGGCGGGCGGACGGAGACUCGGAGGACUCGAACGGCUCGUCUGCUCUGAGUAAAGCUCCUGGAGACGUCACACAUGGCUGUGGAGCUGCGGGGAGGUCAGAGCGGCUUGGGUGUGUCCCGGUACCGACGCCCCGAUCGGCCCACCGCUCCAACGAGAAAUCGAACGAUGCCCCGCCCCCUGCCCCGCCCCCCAGACUGCCCCAGCGUCAGAGACAGGACGUCGGGUCGCUCGGCGUCUCCCAGAGACCGCUCUCAGUAGUUGCAGCGCGGGCACUGAUGUUCGAAACUCCCUCGCUGGCUACACAAACGGGACGAGACGCGAAGGCCAUAUACUCCUGUGAGGCGGAGCAUAGCAAUGAGCUGAGUUUCCCCCAGGGGGCGCACUUCUCAAACGUGUACCCUUCUGUGGAACCCGGCUGGCUCCAGGCCACGUACCAGGGCAGAACCGGACUUGUUCCCAAAAACUAUGUGGUUUUCCUCUGAGCCCACACACGGAGCCGUCGAGGAGCACGUCAGGAUGGAGUCCACACCGCGCCGCAUCAUCACCAAGCUCUGUGUGUGUGUGUGUGUGUGUGUGUGUGUGUGUGUGUCCUGUCCAUUGUUUCUCUACAGUAGGAAGUAACAGUAAACAAUGGACACACACACACACACACACACACACACAGAGCUGUACAAACACUUAAUCUCAUGAUUUGGUAUAAAAGUCUUCUGGCAUUAUGAAGUUUUAUUACCUUUCACUGGUUUAUUUGUAAUGAACGAGACGUGUUUAAUCUGCUAAUAAGGAGGUUUUAUAACCGUUAGUUUAAAAUAAAUAAACAAAGUUAUUUGUUCUGCUGAGCUUCACACACCCUGUGUAAGACUUUUAAACACAGCUAAAUUAGAGUUUUAAAAGCGGCCAGUGAGUCUGGAGUGAUUGACAGCUGUGUUGGUCCGAUAAUACCUGACCACUGUAAACCCCGCCCCUUUUUCACUGGUUCACAUUAGGUCAUUUCUCUGAUGGAAAGAGUGACACACACACACACACACACACACGUGCACUGAAUGUCAGAUAAUUAUGUUUAUUAGCGUCAGAAACUGUCAUUAAACUUUUCUAGCAUCGUUAUAUACACACAAACACACACACACACAUAUACACACACGCACACACACACACACACACA